AUGACUGGCCGUGGUAAAGGAGGAAAGGGAUUGGGGAAAGGAGGUGCGAAGCGUCACAGGAAAGUCUUGCGUGAUAACAUCCAAGGUAUCACCAAACCAGCUAUUCGUCGUCUGGCGAGGAGAGGUGGUGUGAAGCGAAUCUCUGGAUUGAUAUAUGAGGAGACUCGAGGUGUAUUGAAGGUGUUCCUUGAGAAUGUCAUUCGCGACGCUGUCACCUACACUGAGCACGCUAAAAGGAAGACAGUUACUGCUAUGGACGUCGUCUAUGCCCUGAAGCGACAAGGAAGAACCUUGUACGGUUUUGGCGGUUAAUAGAACAAGAAGCUUAACAAGUCAGAUCCUUGGAAUACUUCGUAUUCCUCUCAAAACGGGCGUUUCUCUGUUCCAUCUUUUUGG